UAAUCAGGCGUGCAUUUUCAGGAUGCGAGCUUUUAUACUACUGUGCCUCAUUCCAUUAUGCUCUUGCCUCCUCUUCGGACUCAUUGGUAGAAUGCAGUCUGUUGGAAUAAUGGGCACCCUGAAAUGUAAUGGGAAGCCUGCUCCUGGAGUCAAACUGAAGCUGUAUGAAAAGGAAAUAUUUUUCGAUCGAAAAAUGGCUCAGAACAAAACGGAUGCAUCGGGCUUUUUCAAUAUGUCAGGCAGUGCCAGGGAAGUGACGGAAAUUGAUCCACAGCUGAAUAUUUACCAUAAAUGCAAUUAUAAAGGGCUUUGCAAGAGAAAGAUCGGCAUUAUAAUUCCAUCGGAGUAUAUCUUUAAAGGCAAGCAAGCAAAAAAGUACUACGACAUAGGAUCACUGGAGCUCGCAAUUAAGCGAAAAGGGGAAACAACGGAUUGCAUAAACUGACAUAUCGAAUAUUUGAAUUCCUCUCAUAGAGCUAUGUUCUUGGAAAAUUAAUGAAAAAUGUUUAUAGUUUUACAAUAAGACAGAAUAGAAGUUGCAAUGAUUUUGUCCAUGAAAAUAAAGAAAGUCUCAUAAUUUAUACUAUUACAAAUUCUACUGCUAUUGUAUCCAUCUGAUAUUCCAUAUCAGUGACUUACUUAAACUUGAUCGGAAUUGAGAUGCUUUCAUAUCUGUUUCCUUAUCAUUUGUCAGAUAUGUCAGUAGGUGCAGCAGUUCCACAUGGGCUUAUGUACACCUGUGCUGUGUUGCGAUAUUCAUGUAGCUUCUUCUCGCUAUUCCCAUAAAUGGCGAUCACAUCCAAUCGGAAAGUUAUAG